UGAUAAAUUGGUCACUGUAGGAAGGAUGCUUCGAUGAUGGGAAUGCCCAUCGAUCUAUUUCAUACAGAGCAUUCAUCCAGAAAGAACGCUGCAGCAUUCUCUACAGCAAUUUCAUCGGUGAUAACGCGUGGGCUAACGAAAUCAGUCCUUUAUCUUCAUGAAAAGAAUUCACUACGAAGAAUGCGAAAUCUCGACUAUUCUCGUAGUGAUGCACUGGCGUCAUAUAGAUUCAAGAUGGCGGCGAAGAAGUCGGAAUAUGUGAUAGACGAGCUUAUUUGCUUUCUGAGCAACCCUCUGUUCCAAGUUCCAGUGCUUUCUUUUAUGGAAAGCAAAUGCUUAAUCUUUGACCCAAGUAUUGAAGAUUCUCCGGGUUACAGGGAAGUUCAUGAUGAAUACAAGAAACUGGUGGAUCUUCUUCUGGAAGGAUUCCGAACUGACACUGGACUGACACACGAUCAAAUCAUCAAGGCCAUGAAAGAUUUAAACUCCAAACCUGACCUCAGGGACAUCUUUCAGGUGUUGUUUGAACAAGUGCUGGCGACUGAAGACUUUCCCGUCUUUGUGCGGAUCAUGGCCCAGAAGAACUUGGAGCUGCAGCAGCAGGCGUUGAUGCUCAUCUCUCAGAUGAUGGACGGCAGUCUCCCCGAGAGUCUGGUCAAGGAUUCAGGGGGUGUUGCUUCUGGCCGAGGAAAGCCUACAGAUUCAGAGGAUCAGAUUCUUAUAGCUGUCCUUGCAAAAUCAAAAGAAGAAUACGAACAGGUAAAAAAACAGUCAACGAAGGAAGAGGAGGAGCUGCAGCUGAUCAUCGGUAUUUCACGUACAGAAAAUGCUAGAUUAGCAGAGUCUAUGAAGUCAGAGCAAGAAAAACUUUCAGAAACAAUGAAAAAAUCUCUGUCCUUGGAUGACAGACCCCCACCAAUCAUCAAAGGGCCGUCACAACCAGUGUCCAGUGCAAAGCCUGCACUCGCAAAAUCUGCGUCUAUACCUCCCCCUGCAAGUUAUCAACCAAAACGCCAGUCAUCGACAACCUCUGCCCCACAUCCUGUGGUAGCCCAGCAUGGUCUCAAACCGAAGGGAUCAAAUGAACCAGGACAGACCAGUGCUCAGGCUGCAGCAGCGUGGAUGAAGUCGGCAGAGUCAGAAGUCGGUGCCUCGGAUGCUCACUCCCGCGCUGUUCAAGCUGCCGCUGCCAAUAUGGCAGGAAUGUCUGAGGAAGAGUAUAAGAAGAGGGCAGAGUUCCUGAAGCAGCAGCGUGACAAGCUGAUGGAAAUGAAGCGGAAGGAGAGAGAAAAGCAGCUGCUCACUGCAGAAAAAUCCCAGCCACAACGUCCAGCCUCAGCACGUGCUGCAAGAGCAGCGUUGAAGCACUCAGAAGAGUCCGGGGCUGCUCAGUCUAAUGCUGAGGAGGAGAAGAAACUGGCAAUGAGACGUGCCAUCGCCGAUAGAAUCAAAUCUGAACUUAUGAACCAAGCCAAAAAGUGACAAGAUUUUGUGAGGAAAGCAAGUGACUCCACUGAGCCUGGCGCAAUGGACGAAACUUUUGGUUUUGGUUUUGUUCCUGCUCUAUUACUCGUACAAUGUUGUCAAUUAGACUUAUUGCCGAUGUGAUCCAAAACAUCAUAAACCUUGAUUUUGCCAUAUUCGUGAUUUAAAUAUUAUUUUAUUGAGCUUUUUCUAGCAUGUACCAGUAAUGCAUCGUAUUCUGUGCCAGCAAAAUAAUUGUUUUUGAUUCUCAUGGGGAGUUUUUUAAUUCUUAGAUUUGACAUCUCCAGUAUCAUAUAUAAAAAGAAUCAGCCUACCUACAAAUUUCUAGUUUCAGAGGAGACACAAAAAAACCCUCUUCUUGAUAUUCAAUGAUAUGGCUGUGUUGUUUUACACGAGUUAAUCACCCUUUUCAACACUGAUACAUGUAUUGUUAAGUUAUGAUGAAUGUAUCUCCUAAAAAAAAUUGAGGUCCCGGAUACAAAUUAAAAUUGGGGUCAUCUAAGCUGUUCCAUGUUGCAGGGUGAUUCAACACCAACUGAGCUGGUAGUUUGCCUAGAAUUUCUGAUUUAAAUCUUUUUGGCCUACUUUAGUGCAGUCAGAGUGAAGGAAAAAUGUAUUCAUUUCACAGUCAAAACUCAUAUACAGUGGAGUCUUGAAGUUAGACCGAAAUGUGCUGAACCAUUGGAUUUUCAUCGGUUAAGUCAGGUUUUUGGUUUAGAGAGAUCACUACUCAAAUAGAAGGAUUAAAAGAUUGAGGAUUUUAUUUUCUCCAGUUUAACCGCCAUUUUCAGAUUAACUGAGUUCAGUUUAAGUGGACUCUCGACUCUAUAAAACUGUUUCAAUCUGUUUGUUGUUCAUUCUGAUUAAGUUACAGCUUUUCAUGUGACAUAAAGUUUUCAUCUGGUAGAGGGGGGAUACAAAAUGUGUCAAAAUGAUGUUAUAGAAAUAGAUAAUAUGUCGCUAUUCUUCAGAGAUGGAUUCUGGCCUGGGAGUCCUGCCCCCCCCCCCAAAUUUACUAUUCUGUGUUUAAAGCUGGCUGUAUAAAUGAUGCAGUCUAGUUCCAUUUUUGUAAAGAGCAGCACUUGACACAACAGCCAUGAUUUAGCAAACGAGAAAAAGCAAGAUAGACCGACUGUACCUGUAAUACUUUGUCAGGUUCUGUGAUAUAUAUAGGGGUCUAUAUUAUGGAUUGAAGUGAUAUGGUUCAACAUAUAUCAUGUAUAAAACGAGGUGCAAUACAUGUUGCAAAUUUUGAAACAUUGCUUAGUAAAAGGUCACGCUACAUUUAACAGUCAGGCCCAAAUUGAUAAGACCAAUUCAUUCACCUGUGACAUUCCCUUAUCUGUGACGGCAAUUCUAUUUACUUGUUUUAAACAAAACGUAUUGUUUAAAUUUUGUGCAAUGGUAUGUGGUGACUCAUUUUAUAGAUGUCAAUCAUCGCAUUACAAACCACUUCAGGCAACUGUUUUUUUUCUCCUGGUCUGGGCUUUCAUUGACCUCCCAUAACUAAUUCUGGAUAAGCAGAAUAUUAUAUUUCCAUCCCCUACAUUUUUUCACUCGUUUUGCCAUAUAAGGUCCAAGUACUGGGAUUUUCAAAUGAAUAUAUAAUUUUAUCAAAAUCAAAAUAAUUUUCAAAGUACACUUACCUACUUUUAAGAAUCGAUCUUGAGACAAAAAUUCAUGUUUGUGCUACUGAUUGUGGUUCUUUAAAAACAUUAGUUAAUUCAUAUAUUUAUAUGUUUAAUUAAUGUAUUAAGGUAUUAAAUAAUUUAUUCAUUUCUUUGUUAUGAUUAACAUUUGAAUGUUGUAAUAAUGUGAACCAAAGUCAACUGAUGACAAACGGUUCUAGUGUAGCCCUGACAUUCCUGAAAUUGACGUUAUUUUUCAAUAAAUAAAAAUGUAACCCGUGA